UUGCAGACAUGUCGAGGUUGUUCUUUGAACCGGCUCCCUGAAGUGAAGAGAUUCGUAAUGGACGACGCCCCCCAUUUCGAGCGUCUGGAAGUUAAGUUUAUAACCGGGGCUCCUCCUGAACUGAUUCUCCUCGGAAAUGGUGAUAAGGAGUUGGAGAGGAUACCACUCUCAAACUUGAGUCGUCAGGAAUGUAAUGAUCUUGUUAAAAGCAAGGGAUUCAUCAGGAGGAAUGACAAAGAGGAAUUCUAG